GUCUUCAGUUGUGCCGGGUGAUGGUGACAGCAUGGACAGAACAAAAAAAAAAGAAACAUCCACCUCCUGUGCACCACCUGACUUCCAGUGAGAGAGGCCACAGGUCUCCCCAAUACAUCAUGGCCGACGCGAAGGCGGAGCUUCCAGUUGUGCUACUUUUGGGCGACAAGGCUCACGGACAGCGGCUGCUGGAGGCUUUGAGCGAUGAGACGAGGGAAGGCCUGUCAGGUGUGGGAGUCAUUAAGAACAAGUACUACACCGCGCGAGUGCAGUACCAACUGGUCCCUGCAGAUGCUCCAGAAGCGGUAGACCAGAUCGCUGCAGCAGAGGCGGUAGUCCUCCUUUGGGAUGUCAAAGAACCAGAAGUUUGGCGCGGCAUCAAAGCCUUGUUCCCCAGCCAUGAUGACGCAGAAGAGGAUGGUCCAGACCGUGUACAGUUGUGCUUGGCUGUGGAGACGGAGCAGGGUGCUGUUGAGCUCACCGAUGAGGCUCGCGAAUGGUGCGUUGACCAGGGCUUCGAAUUUUUGAGCUGCCCUUUGGAAGACCAAGACCUCCACAUGCUGAAGCAGCGCUGCCAGCAGCCUGCAAAUCGCUCCAGUCUGUUGGAUGAGGAUGCUGAAAAUUCGGUUCUCCGCCUACGAGAGGCCUUGGAGUGCCACAGCUCAUGGCCCGGGCUCGUGCCAGCCAAGUUGACCUCAGAGCCUUCAGUGGCGCCUGCACUGGCGGCGACGUCUGAACCGGCGGUGGAGACGGCGGAUCCCAAAAAGAGCGGCUACACGUCGUUGCCAGAUGCGCCGGUGGCGCCCAAGAAGGCGCCAGUCGGAGUUGAGAAGCUGCACGACCGCAUGCAGGAUGAGGACUUCGCGGACGUGGACGAGUUCGAAAAGUUUGCUCAAGAGAUGAAGGAGAUCCGUGCUUUGUCAGACCACGGGGCCCGCCGCGACCGCGCCUGCGACCUGGCGCUCCGCUUGGCCGCCUCUUUGGGCGUGGACUCCGACUCCGACUGAACGGCGACCGGCGACCGCGGGCAGAAAAAAUAGAGAACGCAGGAAGGGCAC